AUGAGUAGUGGUAGCUCGCGCCAGCGCUCUGCGACCAGAUCUGAUACCCACGACCGCAAUUCGAGUCCCUUUCCCAGCGUCCCACGAUCCAGAGACGAGAUUCACAACCUCGACGGCCUCGUCUUCACAAAUCUGCCCUCCAACUACCAGCCCUCCACCCCCAAACUUCCGCCGCCCUCACUGCACGCGAAGGCUUCCGAUUCCAGCUUCCUCUCCCCCGGCGGUGCUCGCCCAAGAGCCGCCACCGCGAGCUCAAUCCCCACGAGCCUCCCGACCACUCCUCUCCUCCUCGGCCCCGACGCCGCGAGGCCAGCUACCCGAGCUGGCCCGCCUCCGAAACCACAAGCCAUGUAUCAAAACAACCAACGACAUGUCUCCGCCGCCGACUCCUCGAGGCCCUUCCAGGUCCCUCCGCCGCCGCCGCCCAUGUCACCACCCGUCCAGGGCCAGAUGAGCAACAUGAUGUCCAUACCUCCUCCCCCGCCGCGCUUUCCUUCUGCUCCCGGUGCCACGGGCGGCGGCGGCAUGAUGCUCCCUCCGCCCCCCGGUCCGCCCCCGGGGAGUGCGAUGGCAGGCCAGGCGCCGUGGCACGGCGCCUUUGGACGAAUGUACGACGGCCGCAACGGCUUCAAUGUGCCCCCUCCCCCGCCAGGACAACACCAGGCCUACAAUCCGAAGCUGCAUGCCCAGGUUGCGACCGGCACGACACUAUCGAUCCCGCCCCCGCCUCCGCCGAAUGACCAUGGCAGCGGCAUGUCUGCGACCUACAUACCGCAAGGCGAUACCUAUGGCGAAGGAGUUGGAAUACCUGGCCUGGGCGGCUUUGACGAGACAUCCACCUUCUCUGCAACGUCGCAAAGCUCGUGGCCCACGAAUAGCCAGACCAGCGCUGACACAACCAUGACAACACCCCAGGACGACAUUACUGGACGAGACAGGAUGUACGCCCAGGCUAUGCACACUCGAGGGCUGUCGCAACAGUCUAACGCCACCACCUGGAGUAUUCACCCGGAUUUGGCUGCGCAGUGGCCGCUGGACAAGGUGCUGCUGUUUCUCGCAUCCAACCAAUUCUCAAAGGACUGGCAGGAGACGUUCAAGGGCCUCAACAUCCACGGAACCCACUUCCUCGAGCUCGGGAGCGGCCUAGGAGGACGAGGGAACUUUGGCAUGAUGCACCAACAGGUGUACCCGAGACUGGCAGUCGAGUGCACCAACAGUGGGACGGGAUGGGACCAGCCACGAGAGCGAGAGGAAGGAAAGAGAAUGCGACGGCUCAUUCGCAACAUCGUCAAGGGUCUGCCGGCUGACCCAUCGAAAGUAUCUUCGCACGGGAGGAAGGAGUCUGUGAACCACGGCAACAACCUGCCCAGCGCAGGGACCGAUGGCGCAGACUCUCCCAACACGCCGAUCAAGGCUCCUGGUCCUGGUUUUGGCGGACGACGGUUCUCGCAGACCAGGUCUACUACUAUGCCUACCCUCAACAGCACAAUGAGCUCAGACUCUAACCACAGGAACAUCCUGAAGCAAAUCGACAUUGACGGCAGUCGGCGUCACAGCCCGAACGCCAGCGAGCCCGGCGACAGCUUCCGCCCGCCGCCUCUACGAACCGACAGCCCCAAUGGGAGUCCAAACCCGCAGAGCGCAUCCCUCUUUCCUUCGUCGGCAGGCAACCUUUCAGCCUCGCCGCACUCAGCCAAAUUUGGGCAUCGGUCACGGAACAGCACGGACUCCCUGUCCUCCAACGCUGCCAUCUAUGGUUCUGGAAUCCCCCCCGAGGCCAGCCAGAUGUUGCGCAGUGGUAUGAACAUCGCGGACAUGAUCCAGGCCACUCGCGGUAAUGCAGAGAGUCGGCGACUGGGUCAGGAUGGCGGGCGCCCAUCGCCUCAGGAGUCCAAUGGUGAUCGCUCGGCUGGCACCGAACCCCCAUCAUCUGCAAAGGACGGAAAGAGCUUUCUCAGCUUCUUAUCUAGGAAGAAGAAGCAAAAGGAAGACGGUGCCUUCCCCAGCCCCGACGAUGUGGAGUCACCGACCUCACCAGCUCUCAACUUCAAGUCUCACUCAUUCGGCUCUCGAUUCGGCAACAACAGUGAGACAUCGCUGGAUCUCCUGCAUGAGAAGGACAAGUCGAGACGUUCUGGCCCUGGCAGAACAUAUGUGUUGGCUACCAUGGACGGUUACAACUACCGCAUGUGCGACAUCACGGAAGCCGAAUCGGCAACAGAUCUUCGACAGAUUGUUUGCAGUAGCCUUGGUUUGAUGGACGCUUUGAAUUCUCAAAUAUAUUUGACCGAGCUUGGCAAAUUUGACCACGACCAGCCGCUCGACGAUCAGAAGUUGACGACACAACGCAAGGUCAGAGCUGAUGCUACAGGGUCUUUGAAGUUCUUCAUCCGUCCUUCCGGUUACAUGCCCCAAGGCUCGGGCCAGGCUAAUGGCGCUCCAGCACACACGUCCCUCGACGAGGAAGCGUACAACCGUUUGAAUGGCUUGUCGAGGACGAGAUCCAGCUCGUCACCGCCGACAUCAAGGCAAAACACACUGACCGGUGAGAGAGUUGAUGACAAGAUGCUCGCACAGGAAGCAAGUGAAUAUCGCGCCGAGAUGGAACGCAAGCAGCGCGAAUACCUCGAGAAGAGAAGACAAGCAGCCAUGAAGGACGGAAGAAACGCGCCGGAAGGCGUCUCCACCCCAUACGGAAUUCACGGACGCACAGUCGACUUUGAUCAGCCCCGGCAAUCGCCAUAUGAGGACAAGAAGCCGGAAGUACUGUUCCCUGUGCGGAAGCCACCUGCACCGCCAAGCGACCCGUCUGCUACUCUUCUCAAGGCAAACUCUUUAAGCAGAAAGACUGGACACGCCAUGCGGUCAUCCGACGGCAGCAUUUCGUCGGCACCGCGACGACCAUCCACCUUGUUUGAGGAUAUGGAGCUUCCCGGACAAAACCCGGACAAAAAGAAGAAGACAAACAGCCAACCUGUUGGUGGCAUUGGUGCAGCCCUCGUGGGCAUGGGCAGAGGCCUUGGGGCGGUUGGCCACUCGAACAACCGCAGGUCCAAGUCGCCCAAGCGAGUGUCGUCGCACUCUAACAUGAGCGGCGAUUACUCAGAUCGAGGUAAGGGAGCAAUGUCGUCGGUUGACUUUGGCAAGUCCUGCUCGGAUCAAGGUAGUCCUCGCACGGCGUCUGGCUCACCUGGCUCUCUCACAUGGAGCCGUGGAAAUCUGCCCUUCGUCGUGCCUGACUACUCUCCCGGCGGGACUCCGCUGUCAAGGAAGAGGUCUCAAAAUGGUACGGUCGCUAAAAUCAAAUCAACAGCACACCGGGUACAUUCGCGUGAAAUAAGCCCCAGUUCCCUCAACCCGCCCCAAAUCCCCCCGACUGAACAACCCCAGCCCCCUCGCCGCAAAUCACAUGGGCCAGACUUUGAUUUCCUCGAUACGGAUGUCAGCUUUGACAAGCCUCCUGCACAGCGUGAUGACGACUCUGGUGACGAUUCUGAUGAUGGCUUGUUUGCCGUUCCUCUGACCAGCCAGCAAAAGAAGCCGACCAAGAUUACGCGCAUCUUCGAUGGCGAUGAUUCGCCUGAUGAGGCCAACGACAAACGACCGACCCUGACUGUGAACACUGCCAAGUCGAAGAAGAAGGUUUCUGUAUCAUUCAACUCACCCAAGUCGUUCGGCGGUUCGAGUAAAGAGGGUGAAGAAGACGAGGCUCUCAUGAGUGCUCGCAGCGGCAAGAGCUCACGCAGGACGCCCAACACACCUGGUUCAGAGGGAUGGGAGUCGGAAGACAGCAAGCUUAGCCGAAGAAAGUCGUUUGUGGAGAAGGACGUCUGGGCCAACCGUCCCACCACCGACGCCCUUAUCAACAACCUCGACGACUUCUUCCCGAACUUGGAUCUUGACCAGCCGGUACUCGAAGAAGGAGGAGCGGAUGCCUCGCCUCCGUCUCCGAUUGCUGAGUCCGAGGAGAAGGAAGCUGCCCCUGGACCCUCGGCGCUCCCGCAGUCUCCACCGCCAAGCUUGCGCGUGGCUAUGGGCCAGGCCAACCGGUCAUUCUACAACGAGAGCGAUACACUUGGCUCGGAUGAGUCUACUCUCAAGGCACUGGAGCGUCCAGCUUCCGUGGCUUCGGUCGCUCAACGCAGCGUGAGACGUUCCGGAGGUCUCGGCCGUAUGAAGUCCAUCCGUGAAGUUGCUCGUGGUGCUCAUGAGGCCAACAAGCGGUUUACUACCACAACAACACAACAGGGCCAGAAUGGCCAGAACACAUCGGCACUGAUGAGGAGGAAGAGCACAAAGAUGUUCAACGCCAACAUUGUGCAGAUCCGGCCCGAUCAACGAGGCAGCAUGGUCAUGCCGCAGAUCCCUCAGGACACGUUGCCCAAGCGCCAGACUACAUUCCGUUGGUUCAAGGGUCAGCUUAUUGGCAAGGGCACCUACGGCCGUGUCUACCUCGGUAUGAAUGCUACGACUGGAGAGUUCUUGGCCGUCAAGGAAGUCGAGGUCAACCCGAAGGCGGCGCAGGGCGACAAGGCAAAGAUGCGGGAGUUAGUGGCUGCUCUCGACCAGGAAAUCGAGACGAUGCAGCAUCUCGACCACGUCAACAUCGUCCAGUACCUUGGUUGCGAGCGUAAGGAGACAUCUAUCAGCAUCUUCCUCGAGUAUAUUUCCGGUGGCAGUAUCGGAUCCUGCCUGCGGAAGCACGGCAAGUUUGAGGAAUCGGUCGUCUCGUCGCUUACCAGGCAGAUGCUGUCUGGUCUUGCGUACCUCCAUAGAGAGGGUAUCUUGCAUCGUGAUCUCAAGGCCGACAACAUCUUGCUGGAUCUCGAUGGCACCUGCAAGAUCUCCGACUUUGGUAUCUCCAAGAAGACGGACAACAUCUACGGCAAUGACAAGUCCAACUCGAUGCAGGGAUCCGUGUUUUGGAUGGCGCCUGAGGUCAUCCGCUCCGAGGGCAAGGGAUACAGCGCCAAGGUCGAUAUCUGGAGUUUGGGAUGCGUCGUGCUAGAGAUGUUUGCCGGUCGACGACCUUGGUCCAAGGAGGAAGCUGUUGGCGCCAUCUACAAGAUUGCAAACGGAGAGACGCCGCCUAUCCCAGAUGAGGUCCGUGAAACCAUCAGUCCGCUGGCGAUUGCCUUUAUGCUGGACUGUUUCACUGUAAACCCGCUGGAGCGACCUACCGCAGACGUGCUGCUCUCGCAGCACCCCUUCUGCGAGCUGGAUCCAAACUACAACUUUUUCGAUACUGGGCUGUACACCAAGAUUCGCGGCAAAGACGUCUAG